UUUUUUUUUGUUAGUUUUGUUGUUUGUACAGUUCUCGACCUCCUGUCCCUAACAACCACAUUUUGCAGUCGUCGCGGGCAGUUCCAAUCCAAUAACUUCACACCCUCGUCCACGUCUCGUUUAUCUUCAACAACUUCCUGGACUUGGAGCCCCUGACUGACUGCUCAGUCCUACUCCUAAUUGCUAAUUUCAAGUACCCAACCUCAUUAUCCUAACCUAACCCUUGACCCUUGUUGCCCUCCGAUCAAUCCAGCCAUGGCGAGCCUCCCGAAAGAUCUACUCAUAUGCAUACUCUGCCAGCUACCAGUCAAACCACUCCUUCAGUUCCUCUUCGUCUACAAGUAUUGGCGCCAUCUGUUUGAUAGUCCGGUCUUUGUCGAUCUCCACCUCAAGAACUCCAUGGGAACCGGCUCCAACCUCGCCCUCAUUCUUCAAAAGGACUCCGAGCUCUACUUCAUUGAGCUCGACCUCUUGAACGACCCUGUCGAGCUCGUUCACCCUUUGAUGUGCUACAACCAUCGAAUUCAAGUUCUGGGCUCCUACAACGGAUUGCUCUGUAUCGCUAACGUGGCCGAAGAUAUCGCUUUUUGGAACCUAGCCAUCAGACAACACAAGGUCUUGCCCUUUUAACCUGCCGAGCCAAACAACAACUGCGGGUCGAGCUAUCUGGGCGCGUGGGUUUACUGGUUCGGGUACGACUCGGUUCAUGAUGAUCACAAGCUGGUGAGGAUUUUGCAAUUUAUUAAUUUAAAAAACGAUGGGUUUGUCUUGAAGGUUAAGGUCUAUAGUCUGAAAGAGAAUGAGUUGAGAGACUCCGAAGACAUGCCUUAUGUCCUCUGUUACACGAAGAAAAACGGGACACUUGCUAGUGGUUGUUUGCAUUGGGUGGUGAACAGGAAGUUCAAAUUUGACGAUUCUGAUCUGAUUGUCGCGUUUGAUCUUACGGUUGAGAGUUUUCGGGAGGUGCCGAUGCCGAAAUGUGCGGUGGAGAAGUUUCAAAUAGACGUAGGAGUGUUGGGUAGGUGCUUUUGUAUGGUUGCGAAUUACUAUGAUAUUCGCGUUGAUGUUUGGGUGAUGAAGGAGUAUGGGGUUAAGGAGUCUUGGGCCAAGCUGUUUACGGUCGAACAAGAAGUAAUAUUUUUUUGUGGGACUUUCACGUAUUUGAGACCCUUGGCCUAUUCAAAGAGUGGUGAGGAGGUUCUGUUGGAACAGAACCAUGAGAGGCUUCUGUGGUACGAUUUGAGAAAGAAAAAGAUCAAGAACGUGAAUCUUGGUGGUCUGCCUACUCCUUUUGAGGCUCAUAUUUGUGUCGGAAGUCUUGUCUCGGCUGAGGUGAAUAGAGAAUACAAUGAGAAGCAGCAUAAUUCAGGAGCAGAGAAGAUCAAGAGCAAGAAAAGGGACGAUUUCCUGUCAAAGGGCUUCAAAUUGGUGUUAUAAGCAAACAGAAAAAUGAAAGAAGCGUGGAAAAUAGGAAAGUGAAUGCAAAUAGAUAUACUUGUGAAUCUGAGAAUGCUUGAAGAUGGAAGGAAACAAUUACUACUAUGAAAUGUGUCAUAUUCCUAUAUGCUUAAAUGAGUAUACUUGUUCAGUUUUUUCUCCCUGAUAAAUAACAUGUUCUUAUACUUUAGUGAGUAUAGAGAUAACUGUGUUGUUGUGAGCCUUGUAGUUUUUGUGUUUUUUGAAGUUUGUAUGCCAAAUGACUAUGUACACCGUUCUGUGUUGUUGAGAUUCACUUCUCGUUGAUCAGUAGACCUUAAUAAGAAUAUAUUUUCGAUC